AUGAUCUUUGCUGCCUUGAUGCCCAAGAAGCUGCAACUGGAGAUCCAGGAUCUAGAGGCCAUCAAGGUUCAUUACAGCCGCCGCCGGAGUCAGGCAGAGUCGCUGCUCACCUUGCUUCUCAUGGCAGCGCUGCUCUGCUGGCCUUGGUUCAGCCUUUUGGAGCCCCUGGGCCGCACCAUGGAGAAGGUGAAGAAGGCCUACUGCGCAGGGAACCAGGACUUCGUGGUCGCACUCAACGAAGACCUCCAGCUCACCGUGGGAUUCCCUACUGUGGCCUUUGCAGACGUCGGAGGAAAAACUUUAAGCCAGCGGGCUGUCGAGGAAUUUCAUCUGAAGGAUGGGGAGCCGGCGACAUACAUUCUCAUGCAGCCGGACCUCCAACGCUUCCAGCAACAGCGGAUGCUGAGACUAAAGGAGGCUGCAGAGGCCAUCACUUCCUGGUGUGAAGACUUCGACCAGUUUUUUCUACCAGGCAACACAGCUCCGGGCUUGGUGGGCUACUUUGCUCCGUACUGGCACUCGGCUUUGGCUGGCCAAGCUUUACCCGAAAACACCUCAUGCGAGGACAUGGCCCAUCUCUGCGACGUGGCUUCUGGCUCACUGGUGCGCUUUGUGUGCGGAAAGACCUGCUGCUCAGGCGAGGUCCGCAACAGCUGGUACAAAACCACAGCCUCAGGCUGUCCCCUGAGAUGUGUGGAAGAGUCUGACAAGAAUCCUGCACGCUCCUGUGUGGAUAUACAAACAAAUGCAACUCCUGCCUGGGAUGCCUUCUGGGAUGCUUAUCCGAGCGCGGUUGAGAACGACACAGGCCAGUCUCUAUUCAGCAGCACUGUGGGCGAUCGUACUGUGGGCGCUCUAAUCACAGAAAUGAUGGAGGAAAUGAAGGCGCAGGGCUGCCCUGCCUUGAACAACAGCCGCUGGAACCGCGAAGUCGUGAGGAAUGUGAAAUGGUGCGAUGGCUACGAGCCGCUCUUUGCACCCCUGGCGCGUCUCUGUCCGGAGAGCUGCGGAUGCGCCAAUCUGACCGAGUCCGGAGAUGCUCCUGGCGGUUGCCCAGGCUUUUGCAACCAGGUUUGUGAGGACGCGACCUUCCCGAGAUUCGGGGACGUCGCGACUUGCGCGGACGGAGAGGCACUUGGCUGGUGCGCCGAUGCGGCCUUUGGAUCCCUUUGCUGGAAAACCUGCACGGGUUGCACCUGA